AUGUCGGAUUCUGCCGGUGAUUCAAAACCUAGAGUUGUAGUUUUAGGAGGGUGCGGCUUCAUCGGCCGGAACCUGGUGGAGCAUUUAAUAAGCAAUGACUUGGUGAGAGAGUUGCGUGUGGUGGAUAAAACACCACCACAAUUAGCCUUCCUCAAUCCUACACACACAAAGAUCUUUGAAGACCCCCGCGUCGAGUAUAAGAGCGCCAAUCUUAUAAAUCCAACAUCAUGUGCCGCGGCGCUCAGCACCGACGGGCGGCCCUGGGAGCUGGUGGUGAACUGCGCGGGCGAGACCCGCGUGGGGCAGACCGAGGCGGUCUACUCGGAGGGAAUAUUCACGCUGAGCUGCAACGUGGCCAGGCAGUGCGCCAAGAUGAAGGUCGGCCGCUACGUCGAGAUCUCCAGCGGCCACAUGCACAGCAGCGAUAAGCCGCAGAAGGAAGACUGCACUCUUGAGCCCUGGACAGUGGAGGGGCGGAUGAAGGCCAAAGUCGAACAGGAGCUCAAGAACUUGGAGCCGGAGUUGAGCUACACCGUCAUAAGGCCAGCAAUCGUGUACGGAAUUGGAGAUAGGAGGAGUUUGACGCCCCGGCUGCUCAUAGGCGCCAUCUACAAGCACCUCGGCCAGACCAUGAAGCUGCUCUGGACGGCGGACCUCAAGAUGAACACCGUCCACGUGGCGGACCUCUGCCGCGCCAUCUGGCGGCUGGGGCUCGACCCCGACGCGUGCGGCCACACGUACAACGCGGUGGACGAGGCCAACAGCACCCAAGGCUCCCUCGCCAAGCUCGUCUCCGAGAUAUUCAAGAUCAAGCACGACUACUACGGCACGGCGAUUUCCACGCUGGCCAAGAGCGACAUGGCGUCCGUCGCCGAGCAGGCGAACGACACGCACCUGAGCGCGUGGGCGGACAUCUGCCGGCGGCACGCGCUCAGCCACACGCCGCUGGAGCCGGGCGCCGGGGCCGAGCUGCUGCUCAACCGGCAGCUCUGCCUCGACGGCGGCCGACUGCUGGCGCUGCAGAAGCCCACGGUGCCCGCGCCCACCGCCGCCAACCUGCGCGAGGUGCUCGAGGAUUACGCUUCCAUGAAUCUCUUCCCAAAGGAACUUCUGCUA